AGCCCGUCUCUCCCUCUGCCCUGGGGCUGCAGUUCCAGUUCAGCCGCACGCAGGACCAGGACGUUCACAUCCUGCAGGCUCAGCUCUGGCUCUACCUUCGAGUUCCCCAAGACCUGGUAGCCAGCCUCACCCUGAGAAUCUUCCUGGCUGGCGGGGAAGGCGCUUCGGUGGGGGGAAAUCGCACGUUGCUGAGCGAGAGGCGGCUGAGCGCCAAGGGCAGCGGCUGGCGCGCCUUCACCCUGCUGCCGGCCCUGCGGAGUUUCUUCGGGGGAGAGCGCAGGACCCUGCGGCUGGAACUGGAAAGCCGUGGGGACGGGGGGGACAUCAGGGCGAUAGUCAACGCCAGCCAGUCCCACCAGCCCUUCCUGGUGGCUGAGGCAAAGGUGCGGGAGCCGGGACACCGCGUAGCCAAGCGCAGCCUCCGCUGCAGCCAGAAUUCCAACCUCUGCUGCCGCAAGGACUACUACGUGGAUUUCCGAGACAUCGGCUGGGGCGCAAUCAAGCCUGAGGGUUACCAGAUAAACUACUGCGUGGGCCAGUGCCCUCUGCACGUGGCAGGCAGCCCUGGGAUGGCCUCUUCUUUCCACACCGCUGUCUUCAACCUCGUCAAAGCUAACAAUAUCCAGGCGUCGGGGCACUCCUGUUGUGUGCCCACGCGGCGGCGGCCGCUCUCCGUCCUCUACUUCGAUCGCAAUAGCAACAUCGUCAAGACGGACAUCCCUGACAUGAUCGUGGAUGCCUGUGGCUGUAGCUAG